CCGGUCCCCCAGCUGAGCAGCCUGCCUGGAGCAUGUACGGAGGGGCGGCGGGGGGGACACCGAGCCUUCCCCUCACGUGUGUUGAUAAAAUGCAGAGCUAGUUAUGACUAUUGGGGUGUUUUCUCAUAACGUUAAUGUUGCUCAAUGCAUAUCAGCAGCUUGGUGGCAAAAGCGGGGGCAGGAAGCAACGACGACUCUGAGGUCAACUUGAAAAUUAACGGUAUCCGUCCGGAUCCACUCUAGGAUGUGCCAUGUACGCUAGUUGGAAAUGAGAAUGAAAGCCAGUCGCAACCUCCUCCUGUGCCUCUGCUCCAUGCUGGCCCUGGGGUUCCUCUACUAUUCGUCAGGGAGGAUCAGCCUACGAGGCUGGGGAUACAAAUCAUUGUAUGACAAGCAAGGGUUCCUCCUGAAGCUGGAUGGUAGUCUGCCUUUGGAGCUGGUGUACAAGUAUGGGAAUCUCAGUGAGGGAGCCUGUAAGCCUGGUUUUGCUGCUGCCAAGAUGACUGCCAUUUAUCCAAAGUUCACCAAAGUGGCACCCAUGUUCCUUGAUCCAAAUUACAAGCGAUUCUCCAAGAUCAGUGACUAUUUGCCUCCGUUUGGAGUAAAAUCACAAGAGAAGAUCAUAGAUAUUCUUCUGUCAGCUACUAAGAGCUAUGGCCUUGGGGAAGAACUCGACAAUAUGAGCUGUAAGACGUGCAUCAUAGUAGGGAAUGGAGGAAUCCUGGCCAACAAGUCUCUGGGACAGAAGAUUGAUGAGUUUGAUGUGGUGGUCAGGUUAAACGAGGCCCCGGUGAAAGGUUUUGAGAAAGAUGUCGGAUCCAAAACCACCAUGAGGAUCACCUACCCAGAGGGGGCCAUCCAGAAGCCAGAACGCUACGAGACUCAGUCCCUGUUUGUCCUCUCUGCAUUCAAAGCUCAGGACUUCAAGUGGCUCCGACACAUGGUCUUCAACCAGAGGCUGCGUAGCACGGAUGGCUUCUGGAAGUCGGUGGCCAGGAACGUUCCAAGGGAGCCCAGUGACAUGCGCAUCCUGAACCCCUACUUCAUUCAGACGGCCUCUUUCAAGCUGAUCGGCUUACCUCACAACAACGGACAGAUGGGCAGAGGGAAUAUCCCAACACUGGGGGCAGUUGCCAUAACGAUGGCCCUUUAUAACUGUGAUGAAGUAGCUGUGGCUGGAUUUGGCUACAACAUGAGCACCCCCCGUGCCCCUCUGCACUACUAUGAGAAGAUCAGGAUGUCAGCCAUGAAAGAGUCCUGGACUCACAACAUAUCUAAAGAGAAGGAGUUCCUGGUGAAGCUGGUGAAGGCUGGAGUUAUCCAGGACUGGACCAAUGGGAUCUGUGGUGCAGGAUGCUGAUGGUCUGUACUCAGUUUCAUGGAUCCUGAAUGAAGCACUGUGCUCACCAGGGAAACUCAAGGCACUGUAGGCCAUGUUCCCAGCAGAGAGAAGCAGCUUUCACACACAGUGGUCAGUACAGAGACUGAGUAUAUGAGGCUUAUUGACCCGGGCACAUGGCCCCAGUGUUGCAUACUGACAUAUUGCAAGCAGUUGGCCUCUGGUUUGUAUCGCAGUAUUUAGUUCAUCCUAGUUGCAGGUUAGUGUAUAUUUACAUUGAUUUGGUAUCCUGGCUCACGGGUACGUCAGCAGUGUUGGUGAUCAAACCAGCACCUACACGAGGCCGCACUCCAACUAGAACUGCUGCAAGCUGGAGACAGGAGAAGAGGAUGAAGUGGUUGGGUUUAAAUAUUGAGCCUGUGCCAAGAAUACCUCUGCAAGUGUCCUUCUGCUCACACAUCUGAAUGUAAUCUACAUCAAACCUAUAGUCACUUAUUGAUAUCUUCCAGCUUCUGUGUUAAACAGGGUGCACACCACAUGACACAUUACUCAGCCGUCCUGGAUCAGUCUCUGGCAUCUGAGAGUAAACCCUCAUAUCAGAGCAACCUGGCAAUAAUCACAGCUAGUUUAGUUUGAGUCAGUAUGAAUGAACGCAAAUAAGAGAUUUCCUUCAGCAGCAGCAUGACCGUGAUGCAGGGUAGUAACAUUAUGUUUGUCCUUGUGCUGCAGUCUUACCUCCAAUGUCUGCUGGAUGUGGCCAAGUCACAUUUCGCUUCUAGUCAGCCGGACCACCACUGAAGAGUGAAAUUCACUUGUGAAUGUAUGUAAAUGUCUAUAUUUAUUGACAACUAACUAAUACUUAAUGAAGCAUUUCAUUUGUUACUGACUCUGUGUUAUGUACAAACACUAAACCUAUUUUAGUUUGUUUCUGUCACUUGUUGUUUGAAGCCUUUGAAGCAGCAGAAGGAAUAUAGGUUUUCCUCUGCUAAGAUGAAAUAAGACAGCGUGCUGUAUUACAGCCAAAAAGCAGAGGUUGCGUUAAACUGUCUGGUUGUCCUUCAUUCUGACAGACAUAAUCAUCUUUUUUAAUUAGCCUUUAUUUUUAUUUUUAUUUUUUAUGAUAGUGAGACAUAUAGCCUAUUUAAUAGUAUUUAAGUUUAGAGAACAACUUGAUCUCAAUCACAUUUAAUAUACAGAACUUUGAAUGAUUCAUUUAAAAGGGCAUAGAGAGAAAAGAACAACAGACACUGCCUGUGCAUUCACUUUCAUGAAUAAUUUUUUACCUCCUUGCUGCCACUUGCUUCCUCUGUAUCAUUAGAUGCUGGUGGAUGAUAACUGUUUUAUCACCUCAUUUAUCAACCACAUAAUGAUUAUUGGGCUUUCUAAAGAAACUUGUGACAGUCAGCUGUCGUCACAUUUUGUGUAGUAAUACAGCCUCCCAAUGUGAUGGCUAAAGCUAGCUACACAACAGGGUCAUGCAUGUGAGAUCAAAGACAAGGCUACUGGACAAUAGCUUGUUAAUCUGUCUGAAUGACGGCCUUCAGAGUUUUCUGUCAUUGUUAAAAAAUUUACCGUAUGUGUUACUAAUCAUAAAUGAGCAUGUUUUUAAACCUUCUGUGAAACUAUAGAUGUUUUUCUUCCCAGUACCAACUCUGAUACUUGAACUUUGUGUAUCGGCCGAUACCAAAUACCAAUCCAAUUUGUAGCAGGGUCCCGUUUCAGGGCUAAUAAAUUAUGUGGUGCACA